AAACACCUUCGCUAACAUCGAUCUCAUGCCACAAGCGAGUAAACAGCUCAUUGCCAUUCAACAUUUUGCGUCAGGGUCCCCAGAACCCUCCACCGUCUUCAUUGCUUUCAGAAGGGGUGAAAUAAAGACUUAUUGAUCACCAGAAUACUCCCAUUGUUACAAACACGAUUUCCCCUUCUCCCUUCUGCACCUCGAACCCCUACAAGCUCGAAGCUCGUGCCCUUCACUAUGGCAUUGAACCAAGCUUCAGAGAAUUCCGUCAUGGCGGCACCGGCGGCAGGUGGUGCUGCACCUGAUGGUACAGGCGUAAUUCAACUCGACCCGUGGCUCGAACCCUUCAGGGACGCCCUCAAACACCGUUUUGCUAAAGCUCAAAAGUGGAUCAAGUCAAUUGACGAGACGGAGGGUGGGCUAGAGAAAUUCAGUCGAGGAUACGAGAAUAUGGGCUUCACCUUCAGUCCCAAUGGAGAUAUAACAUACCGUGAAUGGGCACCAAAUGCUGAGCAAGCCUACCUGAUCGGAGAGUUCAACAAUUGGAACAGAGACUCUCACCCAAUGAAGAAAAAUCAUUUUGGUGUAUGGGAGCUGCAUCUCCCUGCAAAAGACGGAGUGCCUGCCAUAUCCCACAACACCAAGUUGAAAAUCUCGAUGGUUAUACCCGGAGGAGAAAGAAUAGAGAGGAUCCCAGCUUGGAUUACAAGAGUCACGCAAGAUCUUUCCGUCUCCCCAGUCUACGAAGCCGUGCUUUGGAAUCCCCCUCAAUCGGAGAGAUAUGUUUUCAAGAACCCUCGCCCUCCGUAUCCCAAGAGCGUCCGGAUAUAUGAAGCGCAUGUUGGCAUCUCCUCGCCAGAUCUCAAAGUCGCUACCUACAAGGAAUUCACAAAGAAUAUGUUACCGAGAAUCAAAUGGCUGGGCUACAACGUCAUACAGCUGAUGGCUAUCAUGGAACAUGCCUACUAUGCCAGCUUUGGGUACCAGGUGAACUCGUUCUUCGCCGCGAGCUCGAGAUACGGCACCCCCGACGAUUUGAAAGAGCUCAUAGACACUGCCCAUGGCAUGGGUAUCACCAUUCUGCUAGACGUCGUCCACUCUCACGCCAGCAAGAACACCCUCGACGGACUCAACAUGUUUGAUGGCAGUGAUCAUCUCUACUUCCACGAAGGAGCCAAAGGUCGUCACGAGUUGUGGGACUCGAGGCUCUUCAACUACGGCCACCACGAGGUUCUCCGUUUCCUGCUUUCCAACCUUCGCUUCUGGAUGGAGGAAUACCAAUUCGACGGCUUCCGCUUCGAUGGCGUAACAUCCAUGCUCUAUACACAUCAUGGCAUCGGUACGGGAUUCUCAGGCGGCUACCACGAAUACUUUGGCCCAUCUGUUGACGAGGAUGGUGUUGUCUACCUGAUGCUCGCUAACGAAAUGCUUCACAACAUAUAUCCACAUUGCAUCACCAUCGCUGAAGAUGUUUCAGGCAUGCCAGCGCUCUGCUUGAAGCUCUCCCUUGGAGGUGUGGGAUUUGACUACCGCCUUGCCAUGGCCGUGCCGGACAUGUACAUCAAACUAUUGAAAGAAAAGUCCGACGACCAGUGGGAUAUUGGCAAUAUUGCAUUCACUUUGACCAACCGUCGCCACGGCGAAAAGACGAUUGCGUAUUGCGAAUCGCAUGAUCAAGCCCUAGUAGGCGACAAAAGUCUCAUGAUGUGGCUCGCCGAUGCAGAGAUGUACACACAUAUGUCGACGCUAACAGAAUUUACACCUACCAUCGAGCGCGCAAUGUCCCUGCACAAAAUGAUUCGCCUUGUCACCCAUGCCCUGGGAGGCGAAGGGUAUCUCAACUUCGAGGGCAACGAAUUCGGACAUCCCGAAUGGCUUGACUUCCCGCGCGCAGGAAACGACAAUUCCUUUUGGUACGCGCGUCGCCAACUGAACUUGACCGAAGACCAUCUACUGCGAUACAAGUUUCUCAACGAGUUCGACCGUAGCAUGCAAUGGACCGAGGAAAAGUAUGGAUGGCUACACUCACCACAGGCAUACAUCUCAUUGAAGAACGAGACCGACAAAGUCCUCGUAUUCGAACGUGCCGGGCUGCUCUGGAUCUUCAAUUUCCAUCCCACCAUGUCCUAUACAGAUUAUCGUGUAGGCGUCGAGGUGCCAGGCGUGUACAGGAUCGUGCUUGACACAGACGAUCCUCAGUUCGGCGGUCUCGGACGCAACGCGAAGGAGACGAGAUUCUUCACCACAGAUAUGCCAUGGAACAACCGCAAGAAUUUCACCCAAGUCUAUAUCCCAACAAGGACCGCUUUGGUCCUGGCUCUUGAGAGUACAUUGUAAGGAGCAAUGAAACGCUAAGGUUCAUGUCGAAAGGCGCACAUGCAGAAUGAAGGAAUGGACGGUUAUGAAACAACAAGCUGUCACGUCGAUGUUUUGAUAUAUCAAUGUUGUUUAGCACAUUCAAAAAAAUGGUCGAUGAGGGAGAUCUCAUCUUGAACUAUAGCGUAGCUAGCUACUUGGUGAGAAUGCAAUAUAUGUCAAAAGUGGAGUGCAUAAAACGCAUGCUUUCGCAGAGGAUUCAUUUACAUCGUUCCACGGAGUGGAGGGUAUCAACAGAUUAUAAUCAACCACCUGGCGGGUACUGU